UCGACAAAACAGCUCUAAAGCUCGGUUUAGCCUCCAGACUUCUUCAGUAAUUAACCUUCUCUCAGUGCUAACAAACCAAAACAACGACGUCUCCGCGGCUCUGCUCUGCUCUGCGGUCGCAGCAUAUGACGACACGGGUCACGAGUAAUGACGACAAAGGUCACGGCCAGGAACAACACACCAUGUAAACAGAGACACAGAAGGACUAGGAACUGACUCAAACCAACUAAUACACACAGAAAUGUCAACAAAGACACAAAACGAGUCCGCAUGGUCACACAACUGCGGAGACACGCGGAGUGACGGCAAGAGCUGUAAACAGACCACAGACUGACCAUGUGGGAGAAAACAUUCCUGCUGCUGCUGCACAGUGUGGAAGCUGUGGUGGCGUCUCAGUGCUGGCAGGGGGCGACCUUCUCCGAGGCUGUGGUGUCCCCAGCGGUGGAGAGCAGUGGUAUCAUGCGGGUCCCUGGCGUGUCGUCGUUGCCGCAGUGCGUGGCGGCCUGCUGCGACCUGCCGGGUUACGACCUGGCCUGGCUGUUCGAGGGCCGCUGCUACAUCCUGAGCUGCCAGCAGAGGGAGAACUGCCAGCCCAGAGAGAGACCCGGGGCAGACUCGUUCCUGGCCUUCCUGCGGAGGGCGUCCCCGCAGACCCUUGUGCUUCAGUCUCUGGUGAGAGGGGAGCCGUACCGAGGCCGCUGGAGGCCCCUGUCACGGACCUCUGAGGCCCCCGGGGACCUGGAGGCUCUGAAGGAUCUCGCCCUCUUCGAUGGGCCCCGGCUGGACUUCUCUGACCCCGGGAUCCUGGAUGUGGAGUAUUCAGAGGGAAGCCAGGAGGAGAGGGGAGGUGGUGGUUCAGAGGCGGAGACGACGACCAAUCAGCCGCCUCUGAAAGGAAGAGACGGGCUCAACCAAUCAGAGGCAGAGGAUGGUCCAGAGAGGGGGCCGACGCAGAGCAGCGUGGCCCAGAUUAGAGCCUCCUCAGGGGGGAACAUGAGCCGGGGAGAGGAGGAGAGAACCAGGAGGCCGGCGGAUCCUGCUGCAGAGAAAACAACCAGACCACAAAGCAGCAUCAUGUCUACAUCACUGACUCCAUCAACCACAGACUCCACCCAACAGGACCAUGUGAGGACUCCAGCUCUGUCUCCUACCACGCCUCACUGGCCCAGCAGCACCACCACACAGCCAGCUGCUGAUCAGCCUCUGAUGAUGUCUGAUGGAAAACCUGCACAGGUGCUGACUACAGUUACACCUGAAGCUUCAGUUUCCCCUGAAACUACAACUGACCUGGUGAAGCUGCUCCAGUCGGCAGCCAGAGCUCCACCCCCCACCACUCCCCCCCCAUCCAGAGCCGUGACCUCUGACCCCACCACCACCUCAACACUGAGCGCCGUCCCUCCAACCACGACCUCACCCUCUGCUACGACUGCUGCUGCUGCGUCUGUGUCAGAGGGCAGGGGGUCAAACCGUGGUCCGGUGGCUGUCGUGGGUCCUGACAGGAAGUUGCUUCUCCCUGUGAGCAGCUUGUUGCUCAAUGGCAGCGGCAGCACCGACGACCGUGGCAUCGUCAGCUACCACUGGGACGCCAUCAGUGGUCCUCCUGGGUUAAAGCUGGAGGACGUGGACCAGGUGGUAGCCACGGCGACAGGUCUUCGCGUCGGGCGCUACACCUUCAGACUGACGGUCUCUGACCAGGAGGGGGCGACAGACAGCGCCUCACUGACCGUCAGGGUGCAGGAAGCCACGAGUCUUCCUCCGGUCGCUCACGCCAGCGGCAGCCACACUCUGACUCUGCCCAACAACUCGCUGGUCCUCCAAGGCUCCGUCACCGACGGAGACCAGACUCAGGUCCACUUCCUGUGGGUCAGAGACAGCCAGAGUCCGGCUGCCGGGGACGUCCUGUACGGCUCAGAGACGCAGGCCUCUCUGUACCUGGCCAACCUGGUGGAGGGCACCUACCUGUUCCAGCUGAGGGUGACCGACGCCCAGGGGCGCUCCAGCACCGCUACGGCCACCGUGGAGGUCCGACCAGAGCCCGGUGGGGGGGAGGAGGUGGAGCUAGAGAUGCUGGUGUCGGUGUCUCAGGUCAGUCUGGCUCAGAGGGACACGGUGGUCCGACAGCUCGCCGCUCUGCUGCACGUCCUCGACAGCGACAUCCAGGUCCGAGCGCUGCAGGGACACUCUCACCUCAGCACGGUGUUGCGGUUCUCGGUGUGGGGCUCCUCGGGGCCGCUCUCCGGCUCCAGGUUGGUGGGUCUGCUGAGGAACCAGCUGCUCAGAGAGAAGAGUGACUACCUGCUGUUCAGAGUCCUGAGGGUCGACACCGUCUUGUGUUUGCUGCGCUGUUCAGGCCGGGGUCAGUGUGAUCCGGUCACUAAGGAGUGCACCUGCGACCCCUUCUGGACCGAGAAUCUGAUCCGCCGUUACCUUGGUGACGGGGAGAGCAACUGUGAGUGGAGGGUUCUCUACGUCAUCCUGACCAGCUUCAUGCUCAUGGUCUUCAUCCUGUCAGUCAGCUGGACCUUCAUCUGCUGCUGCAAGAGGAGGAGACAAACCAAAGUGAGGAAGAAAACCAAAUACACCAUCCUGGACAACAUGGACGAACAGGAGCGGGUGGAGCUCAGGCCCAAAUUCAGUAUCAAACACCGCAGCACGGAGCACAAUUCCAGCCUGAUGAUGUCCGAGUCGGAGCUGGACAGCGACCAGGACACCAUCUUCAGCCGGGACCGACCCGUCCGCAGCAGGAACCGGCUCAGCGCCCAGGCCGCCCGCAAUGGAAAUGCCUUCGGAUGACGGGAUGGCCGACCUCCGCUGAGAGAGAGAGGACGCUGCUGGGAUGUCUGCCCCCGGUAGCAGGGAGAGAUAAGGCUUCUGAAAGUUUGAAGGACUUUAUCCUGUGCUGUGAGCUCAGUAACAUGAACCAGGAUUUAAAGGUUGCAGGACAAACCUGCCCCUCCUUUAACAGGAUGUAAAGGUGGGAACAACGGGACGUUUGGAGGACACUUUGAAACAGGACCGUUUUUACAACCUGUGUUGACGUAUUCAACACUGAAAUACAGACUUUUAAGGACAGACUUAAAGACAAAGACUCAGACAUUUUGGGAAACCGUCAUCCCCAGGACCAGAGGAGAUGGAUCAUUUCAUCCAGUCCAGAGGAAGGUCCAGGAUCAGCCAGGCUCAGCACAAUGACUGGAGGCAGGAGGAAACUGCUGGUGUAGCAUUAUCCACCUUCCAACUCUAAAUCUUUGUGAUUUACAUGUUGCAUCUUGUUAGCUAACAGGCUAAUCACCAGGCUGUCAAAGAGCAGGGUUCGUCGUGACUGAGGAACUAACUUAAACUCUAAUUCAUUGGACCUCUGAUCUCAAGAACUAAAUCUGAGCUCAGAGGACCUGGACGCUAACUCAAAGCUCACAGCCUGAAAUAUAAACUCUCAGCUAAACUUACUGCUUAGGUUUAGGGUUGGACACAAUUUACCAGCACUGACAGAUCUGACUGAUACACCAAGACAAAAAGAAACAAAUCAGAAGGUACUCCUUCAGUUUUUAAUUUUCUCAUUAAUAUCUUUAGGCAGAAAUACAAAAAUCAACUUAAACUACGACAAAGUAUAGAACAAUUAAAACCAAUUACACUUUAUAUUAGAAACACAAUGUGCUGUACAAACCAAGCAACAGAAGAGUCAGUGCUGAACAACAGUGGACGGUCAUUUACUGCUCUGAUAUAAUCAUCUGUGUGUGGCUUCAAUUUCUGGAAAAAAGAAAAAACCCUCAUCAGGUUUCUGUUGGAGGAAAUAUGAGCCCUGGUUAUCUCCACAUUUCUAAAUCUGUAUCUCCAAAUUAUGAGAUCCCUACUCACAGUUACAUCAUCUUAAUAUAAUGACAGUUAAUGUUAAACCAGCUGUAAAACUGAAAAAUCCUGUUCAUGUCACAUCAGUCUGAUCAGACUCGAUCAGCUCGACCAGUUAGACUGAUCAGUACUGAACCGAAACCACAGUUCUGUUGUUCAGCACUGAUAAAAAUCAGAACUCAGCUCCCUGUGCUUUAACUUCUGAGGUUCAGAAAAAACCUGCUCAUUCAUCGACACAGUAACAAGGUAUCUGUUAAACUACUAUAUUACAAUAAUGGAUGACAUCUUUUAAUGGUACUCAGUCCUUUAUCUUUCGCAUUAUCAUUUAUCUCUUCCAGAAAGACUCGGUGCAUGCAGACAUGACGUUCACAUCAGGUCACGCAUUCAACAUGUUUAUUUAUUCAUCAACACGUUUCAGCAAUACUGAUCUCUAACAGAUUACUGUAUGUAAGGACUUGAGCUAAGGUUCACAAAGUAACAAAACUAACACACUGUCAGUUUUGUAUAAAUGGCACAGAUAAUGAAUAAUGGCCUAACUGUGAUGUUUGAAAUUAUUUUUGGACCCAAUCUGAACAUGUCUCUAUCUGUUCCAUUAUGUAAGCAUAUUGAAGUAUUUUAAUCAUUACAAAAAUACGGUUUUUACAACAACAUGCCUACUACAGGACAUCAGGACGUUCAGUACAAACACAAUGAAUGUACAAAAAUCUUUUGUGCUUUUUAAUUAGUUUUCUCACAGUAAAUGAGUCUUU